AUGGUGGCAGGUGAAUUCGUAGGUGGUAACAGUUUAACACAACUUAUCAAUCCUGGCGGAGUCGUGUUUGAUUCUUCAAUGAAUAUAUACGGUACAGAUGUAGGAAAUCAACGUAAUCAAAAAUUUCUCAAAUUUCAAGGAUAUGUAUUUUAUAUCGCAGAAUGCUACUCUGCAUCAAAGUACUUUGCAAGAGAAGUAUUAUACUAUGAAAAUGCCACAAUUAAUCAUCAUUCGCAAAAAGAAUAA